AUGGCGCACCCCAAGAAAUGGGGUAAAAUCGCCGAGUCUUUGCCCGGUCGUACUUUCAAGCAGUGUAUCAUCCACUACUAUCUCACCAAGGAAGAGAUAAAGUACAAAGCGAAACUCAACAAGCGAUGGAGCCGUCGCGGUAGAGGGAAACAGAAGUCCACCCGGCCCAAAUCCAAUGCCCUCAUUGCGGACCUGGGUGUAGUCAAGCCGGAUUUCGAUGGCGAGGAGGAGCCUGCUCCUGUGACCGACACUGGACGUCCACGACGCGCAGCAGCGCCGACUUUUGGCGAUUAUAAUGAGCCCGAAGUUUCUGCCUCCGGGCGCCGAGGCCAGAUCAGCAAGGAUGGCGAGCUCAUUGAGAAACCUGCAUCCAGGCGCGGUGGUCGAACGGCCGGAGGCACUCGGGGCCCACGCCGUGGAAAGACUACUCAGCCAGAUCAGAAAUCACAGGGACCAACUCCGCAAAUGGAGACUAUCGUGCCCCAGGACCGAGAACUCAUUGAAAAGGAACUCAACCCGCAAAUGCCGCGUUCAAGGACUGUACGGGGAAGAGCUAAGGAGGGUAUGUACGUCUUCGAUACAACUGAAGCGGACACUAUAAUGCCAGCGAAAUCAAUGGAGACUGGAUACGGCGGUAUGCAACCGACCAGUUACUGGUCUGUACCGGAACAACGAGACUUUCCCCGUUUGCUGGCACAUUUUGGACGGGACUUCGAGGGUAUCUCAAACUUUAUGAAGACCAAGACAACGGUCAUGGUGAAAAAUUACUACCAGCGCCGGCUCGAUUCGGGGCAGAAAGACUUUGAGGAAACUCUUCUGAUUGCCGAGGAUAAGAAAGCCCGUGGCGAGCCAACUGGUGCUUUGCCUGUGCCUACUUCUGCACCCAAACGCCGGUAUGAGGCCACACCAUCAGCCAUUGUUCCUCGUCCUCUUGCUCCUCAUGGGGAAUUAAUGACUGAGGCUGAUGAGGCACGGUUUUCGUCGAAGGGCAAGCCUCUCGCCAUGUCACCUCAGCCUAUGCCUCUUCAUGCCCGACCGAUAUCUGACAGCGAAAGGGGCUCGAGCCGCUACCCAGCGCUUGCACAAGCGUCCAACGCUGGUCAAGUGUCGGGCGUAACCUCUACUCUUGGCGAGGAUGCUUCACGAGCGAUGCGCAAUCAGCCUGGGCCAGCCCAUCGCAUACAAGGACCGCGUCUUGGGUACUUCACCGAAGACCGCCGGGAUUCAAUGAUGGGCCACUCGAAUCCUCGAGCUCCGGACAUGCAAAUCCUGUCACGACAAAACCCCGGAGCACCUAUACCAUCAGACUUGGCCCGCAUGGAUCCUCUAUCCGCGCAGGGCUACAUGUCUACCCAGCCUCCGCCGUCGCUUCAUCCUUCGUCGCAUUCACGCCACCCGAGUCAGACUCAAGCCCCAGGAUCACCAACACCACUUGCUCGGCCCGAGCUCGAUUUCUCUACUAUUCACCGUGACCCCUUCGGUCAGAGACAAUACUACCAGCUCCCCGGCCAGUCAGUUGGACUCGCUCAAUCACCACGACCUAUUCUAUCUCCUGUCAAAGACGCUCCUCGCCCGAGCGUUACACCGAUUCCUGAGCCAACCUCUCGCCAGGUUCCCGCGAAGCGCUCCAAUAUCAUGAGUAUUCUCAAUGAUGAGCCAGAGGAUCCCCAGCCACGAAAGCGAGUCGCUAGUGAACAGACAACUUCUGCCCCUGUGUCUAGCUCGUCUAUAUCGAGAUCGGCCUACCAGAACGCUGGCUCUACUCGCCCUGAUGAGGCGCUCAUUUCAGGUGCUGGGCCAAAGCCAUCGAGCUAUUCUCAACAGAGCCAAUAUGCAACACCUUCGCGUGGUUAUCCAGAAUACUCGAAUUACGGACCUCCGCCAGGGGGCUCAGGGACACCAGCGAACAACGAUUGGAUGGCACGCCCCCGCCGCCAAGUGGCCGUGGAUCGACAUCCAUGGCUUCCCAGAGCUCCUUCUCGCCGUACACGUCGGGUCCGACGCAACCGUCAGGUUCAUUGGGCAGCAUCUCCGCUCCCUCACCCGCCCCAACACCGCCCCCAGCUUCCCAACGUUCCUCUUACCCCCCAUGUCUUCUCGCAGCCGACUCCUGCACCCUCUGGGUCUCGUGAAGCACCGUCUCAGUCAUCUGUAUAUCGCCCCAGUUCUCCCCCAUCACGGGCCAGCAGUGUGGCUUUUGGCUCCCGACAGGAACAAUCGACGCCUGCUCAGUCCUCGGCCAGCCUAUUUGGCCUCACACCCCGCCAGCCUGCCUCUCAGUCCUCUUAUGCCCCAGUCGCGUCAUCCACUCCUGCUUCGUCACAAGCGCACAACCAGAGCUAUCAGCAACACGUGCAGACCUUGGUCAGUGUCUCACACCAAUCGCACCGCACGACCCCUGUCGGCCUGACUGGCGGGCCUCCUCAGUACGGACAUAGUACUCCUCCACCCCAGGCACAGGGCGGCCGAUCAAUGCCGUCACUCGCGACUCUCGGUCGCUCAUACACUCCACCAGCAGCCAUGCAUCCUCCCGGCAGCGGAAUGGGCUAUGCGCCACCCCCACCGGCGACAUCAGGCCCGAUUCCGCCCCUUCAACGGCCAUCCGGUCAAGGCUCGCUGGGUGAGCCUCCUUCGGCGCCGACGCAUCAUCGUGUCUACAGCCAAGGAUCGUCACAAAGUGGAAUGCCGGGGCCGUUGCAUCCAGCUUCGCAGCCGCCUCGCUAA